CAAUUAGUAGCCGAGAUUCGUUCGCCGCAUCGAUUCGUUACGAGAUAAUUGCUCCGGGGUAUUUUCUUGGAUUUUUCUCGCGAGUGAUUUGUUUGUGACAUUGCAGUGUUGUGGAUGCAUGGGCUGACAUGAACUGCGCGUAUUACCAACAGCACGGGGGCUCGCACCCCGCGCCGCACAAUGCUAAUAACAAUUCCUACUUCAACGAGGUUAGUAUCGACCCCGUGUCCGCGGAUCACAAGGACAUGAAGAUAUUAGAACAUCCGAGCUUACGCGGCACGCCUCUGGCGAUGUUGGCGGCGCAGUGCAACAAGCUGUCGAGUAAAUCGCCGCCACCUCUGGCGGACGCGGCCGUCGGCAAAGGCUUCCACCCGUGGAAGAAGAGUCCCGGCGCCCACUCUCCGCCCGGCUCAGGAGCGGCGCCGCGCUCGCAGCCCCCGGCCUGCGCGCCCUACGCGCGGGCUCCCACCUCGUGUGCUGCAGCGCCGUCCUACGGCAAUGAUCUCUACUUUCCCUCAUCUGGCGACCAACUCCUCGGCAAAAGUGAAUCGAGCGCGAGUCUAGGAUCAAUGUAUUCCCGGCAUCCGUACGAAUCGUGGCCGUUCAAUGUGGGCGGCGGGGGCGGCAGCGGCGCCCUCAAAGCGGCCGAAAUGAGCGGCGUGGGAGCAGUUGGCAGCACGUGGUGGGACGUACACAGCGGCUGGCUGGACGUCGGAGGACAGAUGGCUAAUUACGCCGGACAAGAUUACUCCCAGCUGACACACUCUUUAUCGGGUGGAGCACAUUUAUUGCCUCCCGCGCCUCACCUUUUGCAAGAUGCAUACAAAUCCGUCCUACCAACGCAAGGUUCCUUCGGCCUUCACGGGCCCGGAUCUCCCGCACCGCCCGCGCAAGCGCCAUCUCCUAGAUCACAAAGACGCUACGCCGGAAGAGCGACGUGCGAUUGCCCCAACUGCCAAGAGGCUGAAAGAUUGGGUCCGGCGGGAGCGCAUCUUAGGAAGAAGAAUAUUCAUAGUUGUCACAUACCUGGUUGCGGGAAGGUUUAUGGAAAGACGUCUCACUUAAAAGCGCAUCUCCGCUGGCACACGGGCGAGCGGCCGUUCGUGUGUAACUGGUUAUUUUGCGGGAAGCGGUUCACGAGGUCGGACGAGCUCCAGCGGCACCUGCGCACGCACACCGGCGAGAAGAGGUUCGCGUGCCCGGUGUGCAACAAGAGGUUCAUGCGCUCCGACCACCUCGCCAAGCACGUGAAGACGCACAACGGCGGGAAGAAGGGCAGCUCGGACUCGUGUUCGGACUCGGAGGAGAACAGUCAGGGUGAGGGCGGCGCGGGGCGCGGCUCGCCCGAGCAUUCGGUGGACGUGAAGCCGAGCGCGCUCGUGUGACGGGGGCGCGCGGCGCUCGCCGUGCCGCACCACCGCUCGCCGCUCCUGUGAUAGCCUCGCGCCUGCGCUGCGCUCGCGCCCGCCCGCACUGUACAUACCACAUAUCAAACAUAGUGACUGUAUCAUAGUGACGUGGACUUGUAUGUAAUUACGAAAAGACGUUACGAUGCGCCCCGCAUUCGUACUUGUUGUGAGACUUCAAAGUGUUGUACAGUAUAGUUAACUAUUGAAUAUAAUUAUCUCAUAUUAUAGUUAGAAAAUGUAUGGUAAAUUAGAUUAAGUAGAAUCACUGUUUUAGUCCAAAAUUGCAGUUUAUAAUUUAUUAAUAAUACCUCAAACAGGUCACGGGAAGAAUAUAAUUUAUUUAUUGUACUUACAUUAUUAUAGAAAUAUUCAUAUUAAAGAGAAAUAACUAUAAUCGUAAUCACUUGUACUGCAACGUUGACUCAACUAAAAUUUUAUAUGACAAAAGUUCUUAUUUGAAUGAAAAAUAAUGAAUUUUAAAUCAUGUAGGAUCUUAUAUUAAAUGAAGCAAAAUGUUGAAAACAAACCCAAGACAUUUGCCAUUUGUAAAAAAACUGUAAGUUCAAGGUGGAGUAGCAUUUUCUAUAAUUAUACAUAAUAUUGUAAAAAUAAAGUCACGUACUGAUUUACUUGCAACGCUAAGAUAAAGUGUAAUAAAAUGUAUAUGUUUUAAUAAUACCUCCUGACAGAAAUUGACACAUAGAAUAAUAAAAAAAAUAAUAAAUGUUAUGUAUUAAAAGAACCCUGUGCUAUUUGUUGGCUUAACAUUGAUGGUAAUUGUAAAACUAUUCCUAUGAUGUAUAGUGUACAAAAU